CCCGAUAUCCCGGUUCGUUUGUGGGAAUCUUUCUCCCCAUGUCGAGAAUGCGCGCGUGUAUUUUCGAGAGACUGGGUGCCGCGUCGGAGAUAUAUUUGCACUAUUUAUUCCCCAGUCGUCAUGUAUGUUCUUAUUCGUGUAAUUGUACCGCCCUUGGUCUCGAAGCAGAUACUCCGGAUGUGGCCAUCGUCACUGUGCUCGCAGUGUCAACGAGCAGAACACCGGCCGGUCAUGUUUGGUCCAGACCAUUCUCCUUUCUUCCAGUGGAGGACUGCAGGGUCUCGAGGAUGCAUGGCCUCGAGGAUGCGUGGUGUUCUCGCGAGUGUCUUCGAGGUUGCUUGGUGCUUGGUGCUGAGUCUUUCAUCUUUGCGAUACUGGAAGCCCUAGCAGAUGCUUUCUUGGUUGGCUUGACAUUGGGUAUCUCAAUAUCUGACGAGUUAAACUCGUCGUCAACGGAUUGCUUCGCCAGUUGGUUCUCUCCCAGGACCCUCUCGUAGAGGAUAAGAUUGCAAAGGGUAAUGAUAAUAUAAUAGUUUAUGGAAUGACGUUUGGUAGAACCUUGAAGAUGG